UUCGAGAUUGCAAUUGAAACCCUAGAAUUUUAUGCCCCUGAAUUGGGCAAUUGAGUUUAUGAGAAUUGUAUGAUUAGACUCAAAUAAAUGGGAGAACCGAUCAGCGCGAGGCGUCGACUGGGUCGGAUUUUUCAUGGUUUGUGUGCUUUGGUUCUACUUUUCUUUUUCUACAACCGGGAAGAUAUGCUGAGGAAUUCGUUCCUCAGGCGAGCUUCCUUAACUCUUCCACCUCGAUGGAACUCAAGAGGCGAUCAUGUAGAGGUGAUUCACAGGCGAGCAAUGGCAGUUGAUGGUAAUUCAUCCACUUUUAAUGUUGGGGUUGAUGAGGUUGCGCAGAAUAAUACGAUGGGAGAUCGGACACCGUGCUCUGGAUUAUCUGAUUAUCAGGGCUACAAGAAUCGAUGUGAAUACCUGAAAGCAAAUCCAAACUGCUCAUCUGGAGGAUUCUUGGAUUACAUAAGGUUCUUCUACUGCAGCUGUGAGAAUAUUAGCGUAUUGGGCUAUGCAGUUUUGGGUUUGUGGCUUGCAGCUCUGUUCUAUCAGUUGGGUAACACUGCCGCUGACUACUUUUGUUGUUCUCUGGAGAAGCUUUCAAAUCUAUUGAAGCUUCCCCCAACAGUUGCUGGGGUUCUUCUCCUUCCACUUGGCAAUGGAGCCCCUGAUGUGUUUGCUAGUAUCGCUGCUUUCGUGGGUGCAGAUGCUGGUGAUGUGGGUCUUAAUAGUGUCCUGGGUGGAGCUGUUUUCAUUACUUGUAUUGUUGUUGGUACUGUUUCUCUCCUUGUCGCGGAGAAGGGAGUUCAGAUUGAUCUGAGAUGCUUUAUCAGGGAUCUUAGCUUCUUUCUAUUUACUCUCUUGGGUCUUUCUCUGAUCUUGAUUGUUGGUAAAUUGAAUGUUGUGGGUGCAAUUGCUUUUGUCUCAAUAUAUGUGGUAUAUGCUUUCUCAGUUGUGAUGAAUGAGAUUUUGAGGAAACAUGCUCGGAGGUUAAGGUUGGAUGCCGUGACACCUUUGCUGCCGGUCAAAGGAAGUAUUUUCUCUUAUGGGAGUGAGGAAGAUGAUUCUGUCUACAGCUCACUACUUGAUAUAGACUCUCAGAACGAGCCAUCACAUCUCCAUACUACAUUGCCACAGUGGAUGUGGGCUUCAAAUGUAGCAAUUUAUUCAGAACAGUCACUAAAGUCUGGGUUACCAGAUAACUCGAGACCUAUGUGGGGUUGGAGUGAGGAGGACACAGAGAUUAAUGGUCCAUUACUCUCUUGUUCUAAAGUUUUUGCAAUGAUGAAGAUGCCCUUGACGAUCCCAAGACAAUUAACUAUUCCAGUAGUUGAAGAAGAACGGUGGUCUAAAGGAUAUGCUGUAGCCAGUGCAUUCCUUGCCCCCAUUCUCCUGGCCUUCCUGUGGAAUACACGUGACGAUGCGACUUCUCAAAGUGGAAUUGCUGUGUAUGCUAUUGGUCUUCUACUUGGUGGUACUCUCGCUGCUCUUGCAUUUAUCUACACGAGAUCUGAUCAGCCACCUCGCAAAUUCUUUUUUCCAUGGGUUUUUGGGGGCUUCAUGAUGAGUAUUGUCUGGUUCUACAUUAUUGCCAAUGAGCUCGUUGCUCUCUUGGUUGCAUUAGGUUUAAUUUUAGGAAUCAACCCGUCGAUCCUUGGAUUAACUGUAUUGGCAUGGGGCAACUCUGUGGGUGAUUUAAUGUCAAACAUUGCCUUGGCGAUGAAUGGUGGAGAUGGUGUACAGAUAGCUCUGUCAGGAUGCUAUGCAGGGCCCAUGUUCAACACGCUUGCUGGUUUGGGGAUCUCAAUGCUGCUCGGAGCUUGGUCAGAGAAACCUGCUUCUUACAUGGUGCCACGAGAUAUUAGUUUGUUUUAUACAAUAGGAUUUCUUGUGUUAAGCCUCAUUUGGGCUCUUAUUGUUCUACCACGGAAUGAAAUGCGUCCUAACACGAUGUUAGGAGUGGGUCUGAUAACCCUCUAUUUGAUAUUUCUCUCUGUUAGUGUGAGCAGUGCUGUGGGGCUUAUCUCACUGCCUGGUCUAAAUUGACGUUUGGUUUGUUCAUAAUUAGAAGAAAUGAGUGUAAAUGAUGAUUUACAAA